AUGAGCUCCCGGGAAGCCAUUGUGUGCGGCAAGGAAGAAAACCAAAGGAAAUGCCACAUUUCUGAAAGAGAUGGUGAAAGUCACAUCCCGCUGGCCGAGGACAAGGCGAGAAUCGCAGAAGCAGCAAAGCAGAGCGCGCUGGACAUCCUGAGAGACGCCGUGAAGAAGGACCGUGUGCUCAUGGAGAUGCCCCAGGACCUGAUUUCUCGCGACUCUGAAGAGCCCAUGUUGUGGAUGGAGAGGUACGCCGUCCUGACGGAGCAGCGGGUGAGAAACCUCAUCUCGGUGCUAGAGAAAGCCAAGUUCAUGGGGGACCCUUCCGCACAGCAGUUGUAUGCAUAUGUUUAUACUGAAUCUGGAGACAAAACCAUUUAUUUGUGCCCGCUCUUCUGGGAGGCUCCGAGUCACCUCGAUAAAGUUUCCCAGCCGGGGACUUUAAUCCACGAGGCCUCGCACUUCCUGGGCACGUGCGACAUCACCUACGAGCCAUUUAGCUUCUAUGUUACCUGCAGGGGAGUGAUGGUGAAAAACAACUCGACAGACCCAGAUAGUCCAAAAUUUCUUCCUCUGGUGACUGCGGUGCUAAAUGCCAACAACGUGGAGUAUGACUUUGAAUGGACCCCGAGGCACCGGGGAGGCUACAAGCGGGGACGAUGCUCCUGCUGCGGGGAGACGGCGAGGAGCUCCAUCUGCGAGAGCGCCGUGCCCGACGAGCUCUUCAUGUGUCCGAACAACGGGAGCAAAUUAGUACGGAGAAGCAUUGCUGUAGUAGUGAUGGAGAGGCUGCUGGUGAUGUGGGACAGUCUGAAGCAGCACAUAGCGGCGCUUCGGGCAAUUCCCGAUGCUAUAGACAAACUUCACAGAACAGCCACGAUAGCAAACGUUGCCAGAGGGCCACUGGGCAUGGCAGCUGGGAUUGCCUUCCGCGUGGCGCUCUGCCUCAGCACUGUGCCCUUGAUGGCAAUGCUGGCUUUCUCCCCCGUGGGGUUCGGUGGUUCCCUGGCAGGCGGUGUGACCAGCGCAGCAGCGAUGAUGACCUACAUCGCGCAGAGUCGAGUCAAGCAGGAGUUCAACUGGCUCAUGGACCGGUGUGAGGACGAGGUGCAGCUAACCCAGCGGUACGUGGGGCUCCUCUCCAUCUGGGUACAAGAGACCGCUGAAGAUAAUAUCGACAGUGACCUGCGGCUUGUGAUCUCGCAGGUGGAGGCAGGAGCAGGGUGCGCUGUUCUCAACCCCACGAGGAUGGCCACAGCUGCAAACUGGCUGGAGUGCACCAGCUGCCUUGAAAGUUUCGUGGGAUCUGCCACGCACACGCUUACAUUCCUCACACUAGGCCUGCACCUCCUCUCUGUAGCCAAGCCCAGCACGGAGGUCCUCAAACGCACCCAAGCAUUGCUGGCGGCCAAGGUCGAAGAGGCAGCCGCCAAACUGGAGGAAGUGAUUGACCGAGUCAACAAGAUGCAGGAGAUGCUGGCUGAAUGA